AGUUCGCUGACGAAGCUCUUCGGAUGAGGAGCGGAACGUCCGACAUGUAUGUAUGUACUUUAUUUAUCCCACAGCGGGGAAAUUUACUACAUCUUCUUUACAGAAGCACAGGUGACGUCUCAGGAAGCCUUUCCCUCGUUGGACAACUCCUGUACGACUGAGAGCCUACACAGACGCCCCCCUUAAUAGAAGUUUAAUUUAAAAACUUAAUUUUGUGUCCAGCUGUGUUGUUAUUGACUAAUAUUUAAAUAUGUUUGAUGCUCUGAAACAAGUGUGACAAACAACACUUCUUCCACACCACUGUAUGUGUUAAUUCCAUGACAGGAAAUAUGUGAUGUUACACAUGUUGGUAUUGAUAUUGGCUGAUAUCGGUUUUGGAAAUUGAGAGUUGGACAAUAUCGGCUUAUCGGGUAACGGCAAAAAAGCCAAUAUCGGACAUCCCUACUCAAAAGACAAGAAGUGCCUGCCAGGAUUAUUUCAUUCAGUUCAUUUUUGUGUGUUUGGCUUAUUUUUAACUCUUCAAUUCUACUCUGUUCCACGUUAAAGCACUUUGAAUCAUUUAUUGAUAAAUUAUAGUGAAGGACACAUGUGAUAUCUAUGAAGGGCCAUAUUUUACAGUGUAAUAAAAUGACUUUGCAACAAUUUGACUUUUGGAUAGUUUAAAUUUAGAGAAGGAAAACUAACAUCACAGUAGUAGUGUUAAUGUCUCUCCAAUCACUUCUCUGGUGGUGCUAUGCAAAGGGGCCCCCUGUGAAUUUUUGUCCAGGGCCGCAACAGGCUCUAGAAUUGCCUUUGUUUAUAUCCAUAUGCUAUCAGUGUUUAUUUUCUGAUUUUCACAUUAAUAUGGAGAAGGGAUAUAGAAAAUGGAUGGAUGGAUGUGUACAGGAGACAUUUUUGGCAUACUUAUGUAAUUUGAUGGACCUUAAAUGAUCAGUCUUUUGCAUAAAGUUAACUUAGCCAACCACACAAAUAGGGCCGAUUGUUUGUGAAAUGCAUUGUGGAGCUCAAUGUGAGAUUACAAAGGGGAGAAAGACGGUCUCCACCGCUUUCUAUUGCAUAUAAAUAACGCACUCUUGUGUUGCCCUGCUGUCUGGUUCCACGUGUUCCAGAUACUUCCGAAGACACACCCCUUCUGUAACGCUUCGGCACUCCCAUUAGCUGAGCGGUAUGCCACUCAACAACGAACCCAAAAACGGGUGACGUCACUCGUUCGUCCCAACACGGAAAUGCGUAUUAUUGAGCAUUACGUUGCUGGUGAGAUGAAUUUAAAGCGAUAAUGCACUUUCUCUAAAACGUCAACAUGUCCACCUCUUGUGAUGUUAAACGGUCACUUUGAGCUGGCAUCGACGCAUGGACAACUAGAUAUGGAGGGGGAAUUCGACCUUUGAUUUUUAGUGGCGUUCGUAGCUGCCAAGAGGGGCGAGGGGGUCAUGAGAGCCUUUGGCUGCCUGCUGCUGUGCCUUCUGCUGUCAUGGCAAGUCAGACUAUCACAGGUUGGAGGGGUCAAAGCAGCCACCCUCCCAGAAUCCCUUCUGUUUGUUUCCACACUGGACGGAAGUCUUCACGCAGUCUCUAAACAGACAGGAGACAUCAAAUGGACCCUAAGAGAAGACCCCAUUAUUCAAGUGCCUGUCUACCUAACUGAGCCAGGUUUUCUCCCAGACCCCAAUGAUGGUAGCUUAUACAUACUAGGUGGGAAGCACAAAGAAGGCCUAAUGAAACUUCCAUUCACCAUCCCAGAGCUGGUUCAGUCAGCUCCAUGCAGGAGUUCUGAUGGUGUCCUAUAUACAGGGAAAAAGCAGGAUGUGUGGUUUGUGGUGGAUCCUGAAACAGGUGAAAAGCAAGCCAGCCUAACCACAUCUUCGUCUGAUUCCAUCUGUCCCAACACUCACUUGCUGUACAUUGGACGCACAGAGUAUGUCGUUACAAUGUUUGAUACAAAGACACAGGAGGUACGAUGGAACGCCACAUACAAUGACUACUCAGCUCCGCCUUACGAUGAGAAACAAGACUAUAAGAUGGCUCAUCUUUUGUCAAGUGGGGAUGGCCUCGUUGUUACGGUCGACAGAGAGUCAGGCGACGUUCUGUGGAGUCAGGACUACGGCUCUCCUGUUGUGGGGGUAUAUCUGUACCUGGGUGACUCGCUGAGACACGCCCCCCAGCUGUCUCUUGCCAUGGAAACGCUACGCUUCCUCACCUUCUCUUCAGCAGGCGACCAGACUGAUGCCCACGCCACUCUCAAAUGGAGCUAUCAAUUUGUGAAGGAGCAAGCCAGCGCACACACGCAACUUGUGCCGACUCUCUAUGUUGGAAAACUGGACUCCCACCUCUAUGCUUCCACUUCCCUUGUUCAUCAUGGAUUCUCCUUAGUGCCUCGGGCACUGACUCUCGGCCGGAUCGAGGGUCCAGAGACAGUUGGUGUGACGGUCAGUGAGAGAGGGGAGUGUGAGAUCACCCCGUCCACUGAUGUACGCCUUCCUCCUGGGAGCACAAACAGCCGGAAAAAACACUGGUUGUUAAUAGGCCAUCAUGAGCUCCCACCUGUAGCCCACACCACCAUGCUGAGGGAUUUUCCAGUCACCUUGCAGCGCUCUGGUGAAGCCAUCAUCCCUCCUCAAUCUCCUGCCUCCCCAUCCUCGCACCCAUCCAACUAUCUCCAGCAUCACUUGGGGCCAGUUGGCCACAGCGAUGGCAAAGCUGAUGGGGAAGGUAGUGACAGGACAUCGGCAACAUCCCAGAAACCGGCCCCUGUGAUUCCGUUCUAUGUGACGCAAGACCACCUGACUCUGGCUGUCAUGACCUUGUUGCUGGGAGGAUGGCUGGCCUUUGCCCUCACAUAUCCUGUGCGUACAGCCAAGCAGAUGAAACCUAAGCAACAGCAGCGGCAGCAAAAGAAGCCGUUUGAAUCUCGGGCACAGCACACCCAAACUGCAGCCCUGGUUUCUUUGGCCUCAACCCUUUCAACUGAAAUAAAACUUUCAAGUGGCUCCCAGCAUGCACCAGUAGGCAAUCCAUUUAGUGUCUGCUCUGACAGCAGCAGCACCUCAAAUGUGGAUAAUAACAACACCACAGAGCAUCAAAGCACAGCAGCAGAAAACAAUGAGGAGAUACAUGUGGGUAAAAUCUCCUUCACUACAUCUCAAGUCCUCGGACACGGCAGCUCUGGAACCUUUGUCUUCAGGGGCAACUUUGACGGACGCCACGUAGCAGUGAAGCGAAUCCUUCCCGAAUGUUUUGAGGUUGCAGACCGGGAAGUUCAGCUCCUGCGUGAGUCUGACACGCACCCCAAUGUCAUCAGAUACUUCUGUACCGAGAGAGACCGUCUCUUUACAUACAUUGCCAUCGAGCUGUGCGCCGCCACCUUGCAGCAGUAUGUGGAGGAUCCAUCUUGCUUUCCAGACCUGAAUCCUAUUACGUUGUUGGAGCAGACUACGUGUGGGCUCUUGCACCUCCACUCUCUUAACAUAGUCCACCGGGACCUGAAGCCUAGAAACAUCCUCCUCUCCUUUCCCAGUUCACUGGGUCAGGUCCGAUCUCUCAUCUCUGACUUUGGCCUCUGCAAAAAGAUCUCAGACGGUCGGAGCAGCUUCUCGUUGCACUCGGGAAUACCAGGCACUCAAGGCUGGAUAGCCCCUGAGCUGUUGAGAAAUAAUACUGACAUCAAACCUACUGCAGCUGUGGACGUCUUCUCAGCAGGCUGCAUCUUCUACUACGUGGUCAGCAGAGGGCAGCACCCUUUUGGAGAAACGUUGAUGCAGCAAUUUAACAUCUUGUCGGGAGAAUAUUCACUCUCAUAUUUAAUGGAGUGUACACACGAUAACAUCAUCGCUCAGGACCUGAUUGAGCAGAUGGUCAGCGCGGAGGCGGAGGCGCGUCCUUCCACUGCCAAAGUGCUCAAGCAUCCUUUCUUUUGGAGUCCUGAGAAACAGCUGCUCUUCUUCCAAGAUGUGAGUGACCGCAUUGAGAAGGAACCUGCUAACAGCGACGUUGUGAUUAAACUGGAGAGUGGGGGGAGGACGGUGGUCCGGACCAACUGGAGGAUGCACAUAUCCGUGCCCCUGCAGAUGGACUUAAGGCGCUUCCGUACAUACAAAGGCAACUCGGUGCGAGACCUGCUGAGAGCCAUGAGGAAUAAGAAGCACCACUACCACGAGCUGCCCCCUGAUGUGCAGCAGACCCUCGGCGAGCUGCCCGAAGGCUUUGUCGGCUACUUCACUUCCCGCUUUCCCAGGUUACUGAUGCACACACACACUGCCCUGCACAUCUGUGCCCACGAGAGACUGUUUCAGCCCUACUAUCUGCUCCCCGCCGCCAAAUAGCAGUCACGGGGGCACUGACUGACCGACGGUGACUACUCCUCAUUAUUGCUUUUGUAAAGCUGUUACUGUUUUACUCAAUACAUUGAUUUCAAAGUGAGUUUCAUAUAAAUUUAUUGUUUUUACUCAGAGAGAAUGCACUAAUUUAAGGAUCUAUUACACUAACUUCUAAUUCAUUGAAAAAUGCCCAAUCACAGUGUGUGUUAUGUACCCAAGCCUCGCUGCAACACUGGUAUCAAGUCGACCAAUUCAUAAUGAAAGAAAGAAUCUUUUACAAGUAGGCGCUUUAUACGUUUUUAAAAGGUUUUACUUCCCCUCCUCCUUUGGCUUUUUAGACAACAUGGACAUUGCUUUGUUCCAUGUAUACCUUAAGGUAGCAACACUGACUGACAAAUGAACGACACACAGUUAACUCCUGUUAACAUCUUCGUUUAUAACCACUGUGCUAUGACAAUGAUUGAAAUGACACAUUUUUAUCUGACACUCCCUGACAUUUACUCCUUUUUUUUAAAUCUCAAACUCUGGAUUUGCCUGAACUUCUGCCCGUUACUACGGAAUGAAGCCUUGUUCAAGGUUGUGCAGUAGAAAGAAUGUUGAAAUAUUCUUGUUUUUGUACUCAUUUUUUGGAACAAGUGAAUAAAAUUUGACUUUGAGUGU